CUCCGGAAGUUCAAAUAAUCAUUCUGAAGUCAACCCUGUAACCGAUUCUGAAAGAGAUCUCAAAGUUUGCUGCCCUAUAGAAUGUGGAAAAAGGAUAAUGAUCCCUAAAGGAGUAGUAGUUGACAGGACUCUUGAGAAACCUUUUGGGUACAGAAUAUUGGGAAACACAAAUACAGAGUUUGCUGAAUUUCCUUGGAUGCUGGGAAUACUUGAAGACAAAACAUACAGAUGUGGAGCAUCUCUGAUCCACCCUCAAGUCGCACUUACUGCAGCUCACUGCCUCUCCGGAAAUGGGCCUUUCACAAUUCGAGCAGGAGAGUGGAAUUGGAAGAGUAAAGAUGAACCUGUUCCACAUCAAAACCGGAAAGCGGAAAAGAUACUUAUACAUCCGAAUUUCCACCCCGCUUCUCUCCGAAACGAUAUCGCCCUCAUCGUACUAGAUGCGCCAUUCCAACUGAUGCAAAACGUAGGUUUGAUCUGCCUGCCUCGCCAAGGAACUGUCUUUGAACAAGGAAUUUGCAUCGCAGCCGGCUGGGGAAAGAACUCUCACAAAAAAGGGACCUAUCAACCAAUACUCCAAAAAGUGAGUCUACCAAUCGUUCCUCGGGAUAACUGCGUGAAAUCGCUUCGAACUACAGUUCUUGGGGCAUACUUCACUUUGCACCAAAGUUUCAUCUGUGCUGGGGGAGAGGAGGGUAGAGACACAUGUAAGGGAGAUGGAGGAAGUCCUCUAAUGUGUCCCGUAAAAGGAACAAGUGAUAAAUACCAACAGGUUGGGAUUGUGUCGUGGGGAUUCACUUGUGGACAAUCCAAUAUUGCAGGGGUCUAUGUUAAUUUGGCUUUAUUCAAGGACUGGAUUGAUUUCACUCUGUCUGCUCACGGUUUCAAUGGUGCUAUUGAGAGAUCUGGAAAGAGAUCGAAAAGGAUGAUGUUACUGAAUAGAACCAUGAGUAGUGUAUCUGUGUGAAAACAGUUGUAUAAUUAUUUGAGUUUCAACAUAACAACCAUUGGGUUGCAUGUGUAAGGUUAUGUGUUUGAUACUGAGUGCAUAGUUCGGCAGGACUUUAGUAUUUGGGAUAACGCCCACCAGGGGGAGUGG